ACCACAUGUCAACUUUGUUUACAUUCUGGAAUCGAUUGAACAUGCACAUUUAAUACGUUUAUUCAGAUGAAAUAUUGCUCAUUUUCCAGACUUGUUGUAAAUCAGUAAUGUGAUAUCUUAUGCAAUUUCACACGGAACUUAUUUACACGAUUAUUUCGUAAUAAUCUCGUUCUCUGCUUAAUUAAUUAUCAUUAUAAACAUUUACACAUACAUGCAUCAUUGACAGUCGUCAAGAUCUCAACCUGUGUAUUGUCUGCUAAGUAAAUUCAUAUUACAAUAUCUCAUUUACUUAUAUACUGGAUCUGGUGUGAUUUGUAUUGCUUUACAUUGUGAAAGGGAAUCUGCCGCGAGUUGCAAUCGAAUGACCUUCAUAUUCAGCAUUGAACGGCUCUAUCGCUGAUGUAAUUUAUGAAUACAUGCAGUACAAUCGGCAGUGAAACAAGUAGAUCGGGAUUGUGGUAGAAAAAAUCUCCAAACUUGGAAUUUAAGUGUUUCAACAAAUGUUAUACACCGUCAGUUCUCUAUUGCGUCAUCACAAUCGCCUUAAUUCUUGAUCUUGUAUAAUUAGUAGUCCGGUAUUUGGAGUUUACAAUUGCUUCGGUAUUGCAACAGUCAGACCUCUGUGUAUACUGUUCUUGUGUAUAUGAACAUGGAUAUAUUAAUAAAGUAUUAUAUUUUAACCAGAUAAUUAUCUAUAUGAAUUACAAGUGGUGGAAUCUGCUGGUUGAGAAGUGUACAUAGUCUGUUAUUAUCAUCUACGGAAUGAGCAUGAGUAAAAUUCGAACAGUUACCAAACGAUUGUUCUCCAAGCACCUGUUGGCGACUAACACAGUGACAAGCUGUACGUUAUUGUGCAUUGGAGAUAGCGUCAUUCAACAUAUAGAACGGCUUGACAACCCUGGUGCCACUUUUAAUUAUCACAGGGCAGGUCGGAUGCUGUCAAUGGGAUUCCUGUUUGGCCCCGUGAGCCACGGCUGGUACAAGGUUCUGGAUCGAUUCCUGCCAGGGACUGCCCUGCGCACCGUUGUUAGGAAAAUCCUCGCAGAUCAACUGGUGGCUGGUCCCUUUUUCUGCUCAGCAUUUUUCAUGGGGAUGUCAUUGUUGGAAGGGAAAACAGUCAAGCAGGGCUUUGACGAAGUGAAAUCUAAUUUCAUCACAGUUUACAUGAUCGACUGGUGCGUGUGGCCGCCGGCGCAGUUCAUUAACUUCUUCUUCCUGCCACCCCAGUUCCGGGUCGUGUACGUGUCGACCAUCACACUUCUAUGGAACUGCUUCCUUUCAUGGAUGAAACAUCGGGAACACCAUGAUCACGCAGCAUGAGUGGACACGAGGGAAGGUCCUGCUUCCCGGCGUAUAUAUCAGAGGAAUACAGUGGUUUGAAUCCAGUCCUUUACUUGCCUCAUGCUGCUGUUAUUGCCUCGAAGUGACAGAGUCACUUGUAUACCUGAAUGAUGAACAUUCCGCUUUUAAGACGGGCUGUUCAUAUCUCAGUUGCAAUGUAUUUUGUGACAUUUUUGGCUAUAGUGAUUUCUGGCACUGUUGUUUUUUUUUAAAACGUGAAAUAAGAGGCAAACUAAUUGAUUAUGGUUUUAGUGUUCAUACACAAUAAAGCGUGUUUCAUAUUUUAUUGAUACUCAGUAAUAAAUAAAUGAUUUAACAAUUCAUUCCCUCUAUCGACUUUUGCC